AUGUCUGCCCCAGCGGUAUUUACCCCUCCGCUUCCGCAUAACUACUCACUUACCAUCACUCACGACAGCAAGAAGAGUGCUGCCCUGAAGAUCAACUGGGCUGGGAUAACCAAUUCUCUUCGUCUUAAAAGGCGAACAGCCGCGUCACUCCUAGCAUUCAAGAAAUGGAACGAAGAUGCUCGCAGGAAGGUGGCUGUUCUCAGGGAGCAGCCGAUGGAGGUGGAUUUCCCAUACUAUCAAUCUAUCCUAAGGAACCGGGCUGCUAUCGACGAGGUUGAGAACGCUUGGAAGCGCUUUCAGCCGGUUACUUAUGACGUUGAGAGACAGGCAAAGAUUACUGAGGGAUUUGAAGCCGAGGCGGUGAGGAACGCGGAGGCUGCAAGGGAGAGGGUCAACAACAAGUUGAGGGAGUUGGAGAAAACAUUGAAGAACAUCGAGGAGGUGAGGCCGUUCGAAGAUUUGACUGUGGUACGUAUAUUUUUUACAAUUAGGGGGGCUAGGGUCGGUGCCAGAAGAGGUUGGCAAUGUGGAGUUUUUUUUAGUCUUGGGCUGCGUUCUAUUGCACGAAGACCCCGAGUCUCCCGACCUGCCUUCGUUCAAUCUGUUCCGCCUUUUGUCUUUUAACAUUACCACCACUGUAGUCUGACCACUUUCUUAUUUUUCUCGGAUGAUAUUGCGGCAGCCCGUCCAGAUAUCGAUUCUAGAACGGCUGAUAUGGCUGCAAAAGGUCGAUGGAUGCCGGCUGGAUACAAGGUCUCUCAAUUCCCCAAGCUCCUUCCCUAAUACCUAGAACGCUAACAUCCACAAUAGGAGAAAUUUGGCGAACUUUCUGUUUUGUAAAGUGGACCAAGUGAGGAACUGGCUUGUAGUCCGGGACUGCGUAGGUUGUUGGGUAGCGUGAUCCUGCAGAGUGGAUAUCCCUUAAAACUGAAGCCUGGAGUUUCAUCACCCACUAUGCUGAUAGUGUAAUGAUGGUUGAUCUGUGCUUUAAUUGAAG